AUGGCCGAUGUUGCUCGUCCGGAUCCAAUCUCAUGGCAGCACAUUGUGGAAUCAAGUGAGGGAGAUCCAUGCAGCUCAAAUGAUACAGCAGUGCCGGAAGAGCUUGCCCUUCUUGCCGAUAAGUAUACAUUUAGUUUUGGUGAGCAAAAAUCACUGCAAAAAGAUGUGAUUGAACUCAAGAAGAAAAUACGCACCUCAUGUAACAAACAAAUGCGUAUUAAGCAAGGAUACGUGCAAAUGCAGAAAGUGACAAAAGAAAGGAAGCAAUCAGAUUUUCUGAAAAAAGAAAUCCGAGAUUUGAGUGAUCAGAUCAGUGAUAUGAAAGACGAUUUGCAAACAUUGGACAUGUAUGACAGUGGUGCAUUUGAUGAUGGUGAUGAUAUAAAUGGUAUGCCAAAUUCGCCUUCAGAAGACGCUUUAACGGCAGAUGGUUCAUCUGAUGGUGCGGGUCUCGAAUUAAGUGCCGAAAAUUCGGAAACUGUGACUAAUAGCCGGCUUACUAGUUUGCAGAAAGAGUUGGAUAAAGAAAUGAAAGUGAAAGAUGGUCUUGAACGUUUCCUUGCUAUCGGUCAAACAAAUCGUAAAUUACAAGAAGAAUCAAAGAGUAUGUUAUUCGAUUCGAAAGCAAAAAUUGCACUACUUCGAAUGCAAAUCGAAAAAAUGCAACGACAGGAGCAAGUUGAUGCUGGCUUAUCCGGUAAAACGAUACCAACAAAGACAGAAAUGAUCGUUGAUGAUCUUCUGUUUAGGCUGCGUAAAGAAGCUGCAAUUGCCGAAGGAGCUCGAAAUAUGAUCAGAAUACUGAGUAGUCAAAGAAAGAGCGAUGGGAAAAGUCUUUCGCAGGCUUUCGAUAAUCAGAUGCAAUCCGAGGAAAAACUUGACCUUAUACGAUUAGCUUUAGCCAAGUAUAGUGCACGGUUACCAAACGAUUCGCCAAAAAAAAAUGAAAUUCGUGACGCCAUUUUGGAAUCGGAGCGCUUACCUCUCACGGGUCAUUAUCAUCAUCAUCGUGAUGGAACAUUCAGUCCACCAAGCUCUGCUCCUGGAAGUCCAUCACAGGAUGAUUCAAAAUCUGCAAGUUUACCACGUUUAGCGCUUUCAUUGAAACGGCUUUAUGCAUUGCCAUCAUUAGCUGUUAGUGGACGUCUGGAAGUAAGAUUAAUUGGCUGUCAAAAUCUGAUGGUCGACAUACCUCGUCGUUUACCGCGAACAGAUAUCUCAUCAGUGGUUACAACUGCUGGUGACAGUUUGUCUGGUUUCACGCAGAAAACACGUAACACGCGUGGGAAUGGUCCACGAACAUCAAGGAUUUCCAUGGGUCAACAAGUAAACGACUCGAUUGUUACUGUAGCUCUUUGUGCAGCAAAUGAUUCUGAUAUUUCUACUUUAAGACAAGAUCGUCAUCAGUGUGGUGUUCUUCGUCCAGCGCAGCAACAGAUUCAUUGUAUGUUUUUCUCAUUACUUUUUACCGGAACAGCAAAGCUCUCGCCAAAUGAUGAAGUUACGGCAACAGUCUUGUUAGAUAGCCGUGAAGUGGCUAGCACUGAUUCACGGCCAGUUUCACAACAAGCAUGGGAUCAGCAUUUUAGUAUCGAUUUAGAUAGGUCAAAAGAACUGGAAAUUGAAAUUCGGUAUCGUGAUUGGCGCUCCAUUUGUGCAUUUACAGUUGUCAAAUUAGGUGAUAUAGUCGAACCAUCGGAACGAGCUGGCAUGGUACUGAACCUGGAACCUCAAGGAGAUUUGUUUGCUGAGUUCAAAUAUUUGAAUCCAGUUGUUAGUAGGAAGCCUAAGCUUGAACGACAAAAGCGUCUUUUCAGAGUGAAAGAAAGGAAGGAAAUAGCGAGUGCGAAGAAGCAGCUUGGUGUUGCCGCAUGGAGCCGCUUAAUGAAGCAGUUUGGAGGUUCACAGUCGAAUGAAAGUAUCGAGCCAGUUUUAAGCCCGACAUACGGUGGUUUAUAUACCGCUGCUAAUACUACAGCCACUGCUCCUUUGCCACCAGUUGCAAAGAGUGCUCAUACAUUACCAUCGCGUUUGACUGUAGAUCGACCUCUAACUUCAUCGACUUCUGGAUUAUUUGCACCAGAAAGUAGUCAUAUGCGACCAGUACUUCCUUCUCUUCUUCCUAGUUCUAUACGUUUUGGAGAUUCUUCAGAAAUGUCGAAAACAAAACAAAACCAACGAUUCUAUGAACAACCAAAGAUACCACCAGUGAUACCAUCUCGACCAUCUCCAAAAACUCAAGUUGUGGCAUCUCGCAUCGAAUCUCCACCACCCUUGCCAACAUCCAAACCGCCACCCUUGACACAUAGAAGGACGUCACGAAUCACUUCACCUGCAAUUUCUAGUCUUACAAUCGACAAAUUUCACCUUAUUUCCGUUUUAGGAAGAGGGCAUUUCGGAAAAGUUAUACUUGCGAAGUAUAAAGGAAAUGGCGAAUAUUAUGCGUUGAAAGUGCUGAAAAAGGGUGAUGUGCUUGGUCGUGAUGAAGUAGAAUCAUUGAUGAUUGCAACGUCUCGUCGUCAUCCUUUUCUCGUUAAUCUUUUCGCAUGUAUGCAGUCAAAAGAACAUGUUUUUUUCGUUAUGGAAUACUCGAUGGGUGGUGAUCUUAUGCGACAUAUACAUGAUGAUAUUUUUACCGAAGAACGAAGCUGUUUUUAUGCAGCAUGUGUUUUGUUAGGACUUGAAUUCCUGCAUGCUAAUAAUAUCAUUUAUAGAGAUCUCAAAUUGGAUAAUCUUUUGCUGGAUCGAGAAGGUUAUGUGAAAUUAGCUGAUUUUGGUUUAUGUAAAGAAGGUAUGGGGCCAACUGAUAGGACUUCAACGUUUUGCGGUACUCCGGAAUUUCUUGCACCUGAGGUAUUAACUGAGAAUAGUUAUACUCGUGCAAUUGAUUGGUGGGGGCUUGGUGUGCUGAUUUUCGAAAUGCUGGUGGGUGAACCACCGUUUUCCGGUGAAGAUGAGGAGGAGAUAUUUGAUUCCAUUGUAAAUGAUGAUGUACGCUAUCCACGUUUUCUUUCUAUUGAAAGUAUUUCAAUUAUGAGAAGACUUAUGCGGAAGAAUCCUGAGAAACGUUUAGGUUCUGGACAGAAUGAUGCCCUCGAUGUAAAGCAGCAACGAUUUUUCAAGCAUGUGAAUUGGGAUUGGGAUAAGCUUUUGAACAAAGAAAUCAGGCCGAAAUUUGUUCCACAAAUUAAGAAUCUGGAAGAUGUCAGCAAUUUUGAUGAAGAAUUUACGAAAGAAACACCGCGCUUUUCAUCAGCGAAAGACAAGCGACUCAUUACUGAUGCUGACCAGAUGCUGUUCAAAGAUUUUGAUUUUUCUUUGAUUCAUUAA